AUAUUUUACGAUCUAUGCCCAAACCAUAGCAAUAAAUAAAAGUGAAUAGAAGCAAUAGCUAUUGUUGUUGUCGUUAGGUUAAGUGAUAGUGCUUUGGAGUGAUUCUUUUGAUAAAAGCGCGUCUCUACAAAAUUCUCGAGAAAAUAGAACGUGAGUAAGUGAUUGGCACACAUUUAUGUUUCCUAUGCGGAUUACCGUGAGAUUUAUGAGUCAACAAAGAUGGUUACCAUACAAGAUAUUGGUCUCCAGCUUACGAAACCAGUGAAAGAAUUAGCAAAAUGGAACUUUCCCUUCUCACAAACUUUGGAGAAAUAUUGUUCUAUAUUCAAUACAACGUGCAAUAAAAGUUUUGGGGAAGCUGGACUUGUCCUGCAAAAUUCUGCAGCUGUAUAUGUUCAUAGAGUCGAUUCUCUCUGGAGUACAACAGAAGACUCUAGAAAUUUAUUAUUGAAUGAUGAACACGAAGAAGAAACACAGAAUUCUACCAAGAGAAAAGAUAGGAAGACUGACAUGUGCUUUAAAGAAUUCAAAACUAUCAACUUUACCAAGGAAGUAAACAAUAAUAUCAAUAUUAAAAAGGAUCAUAUGACAAAUGAUACUGUCAAAUCAAAAAAGCGCUGUUUUACUCAACUAGAGAAAGGUAUCGCGCAACAUGUCUCUAUUGAUAUCUAUGAUGUAAAUGGAGAAGUCAUUGGUAAAAAAUAUGAUUUUCGCUGCAAUCAAAACAUUAGUAUAGAUGGUGUACUGGUCGAUGCUUUGGCUGAGUUUGCACCUCAAGAUUUUUGUUGCGACAGUGAUAAUUCUGAGUCCUUAUUGACUCUGGAUUGUACAAUACACGAUGAUAAUGAUCAAAACGGUAGUAGCGAUAUUGAGUUUGAAAGGAAUAAUAAUGAUUCAUUGGGAGAAGAGAUUUCUGAUUCAGUUACAUCUUUGGAAUUGACUCAACAAAAUCUGUCUUUGUCCAAGAGCACAGGUUCCAACACACUCAGCGAUAUCUCAAAUGAAAUGUAUUCUAAUACACAAAACAAUACCAACUCAUUGAUAACCACACCAAAUAACAUUGAUAAUCACAGCAACAACACUACUUUGAAUAAUAAUGAUUCGUUAGAUAAUUCUUUGAACAAUAUCGAGAAAAGUAUAGACGUUGGUAGUGUAUUAGAUAGUCCACCCGAAUCGGUAAAUUCGAAAGAUAGAAGAACGUCAUCGACGGACGAUCUAAGCUUGUUAAAUGAUGCAAAUGAAGAUCUAUCGCAAAUAAAUUCAGCUAUCAGCAUUAUAGAAAAUACUUCUUUAAGUAACAAUACAAAGAGUAAAAUAAAAUUGCAGUCUUCGAGGUCGACAUCGAAAUCGAUUAAACGAAAGUUUAAUCGAAUAGCAAAGGACGAAGCACUUACAUCUACUAAGAGAGGACAACGUAUAACAAAGAAAAAUCACGCGCAUAUUUUGGAGGAAUCGAUUUACUCGAGAAAAGAUAGACCAAGUAUGUUCAAGAAACAUUUGAGUACCUGUAUAAAAUAUAUACGAAAGUACAAUCCUUUGCAAUACAACAAUGUGACGAAUGUAGAUAUGGACCUCUUAGGAUUUCAGUUAUGCGUUAAUGUAAAAGUGAAUACGAAUAUUAGCGAUAAUAACAUAACGGACAGUUCGAUUAAUGAGAUUUCCGAAUCUCGCAGUCCGAGUCCCAUAAGCAUGUUGCCUCCGCAUGAAAAUUUUUGCGACAUCUGGCUGCAAUCGGACUCAUCGCAUUUCUUACCAAAAAAUGUUGACAAAUGGCACGAAUGGAUACAACCUAAAUUACGCGAGGCCGAGCAAAGAUCCACGUUUUGCAUUCGCAACUAUGCGUCGCAAAUUAUGGAGACUCUAAAGGCGAAUGAUCAACGGAAAAUCAGUUUUGAUGCCGUUAUUCAAAACGAACACGAAGUGGCCAGAUACUUUUUAGCAUUGUUGGACUUGGCCUCGAAACAAAAUGUAAAUAUAAACGUGGAUAAGGAUCUCGAGCAUGAUAUAGAAAUUGUUUUAUGUGAAGAGGAUAGAUCGUGUUCUAUCAAUGGCCAAAUGGAUUCACAUGAUUAAUGUGCAAAUAUUCUAGUUCCAGGAGCGUUGCAUUAAUAUAUAUUAAAGAAAAUCAUUUUAUAUAUCGACUAUCGGGGGAAUAGAAAGCCCUGUUGUACUGUGAUAUUCUACUAUAAGAGUGCAAUUGAAUAUCUUCAUCAAAAAUAUAUAUCUUAUAUUUGUGUAUUAAAUACUUUUUGACGGCAUAACUGCAUAUAUAU